ACUUCCGGGUUGGGUAGCGGUGAUCAGGCUGUGGCGUGUCUGGGGCUUUAGAAGGCUGUUACAUUAUAUUUAUAAACAGCGUAAUGCUGUCAGACGUGCUCCAGGUCGUCCGGGGUGCUGGGAAGGUCGGUGCCGCCUUCGCCACCACUCAAGGAGAACAGCUGCGGUUGAUGGCCUGCAACUCGACACUGGGAGCAGGAAUCAAAGCUGCCCAAGAUGCAGUUGGGGUCUGGACAGGCACCAUGAUGAAACAAGAUAAGGUACAUGGUGAUCUCACGACCCCCAAAUCUGAGGUGUUCCCAGACAUUGAAGGAUGGGACCAGAUGGAGGACCAUGAGGUAGCCAGAUGGGCCAUGGGCUCAGAGCUCGCGUCAGAUAUCUCUAGCAAGGAUGGCGUUUACAAUCCAACAGGAACAUCCAAAGGAACUCCAGCGGAGUCUGGCUGGCCUGGACAAAGCGCUCGGUUCUUGCAUGUUACAGCGCCUCGUAAUCACGCGAGGUUUGUUCAUGACUCUGUCAUGGCCAGGCUCAGUCCAGAGGAUAUCAAAAAAGCCCGGGAGCUCAAACAGAGUACACCUCGGCCUGUUCGCCAGAAGCUCAGUGAGCGCGCCAGAGAAAGGAAGGUUCCUGUCACACGAAUCAGUCGACUUGCAAAUUUUGGGGGUUUAGCUGUCGGUCUCGGAAUCGGUGCCAUCGCUGAGGUCGCAAAGCAGUCUUUGGGAGGCAAAAAAGCAGAUACCGGAGCGGUGUUGGAUUCUCCACUCCUGUCCGAGGCCAACGCUGAGAGGAUCGUGAACACGUUGUGUAAGGUUCGAGGGGCAGCACUGAAGAUUGGACAGAUGCUGAGCAUUCAGGAUAACAGCUUCAUUAAUCCACAGCUACAGAAGAUAUUUGAGCGGGUCCGACAAAGUGCAGACUUUAUGCCAUCUUGGCAAACAAAUAAAGUUCUGGAGGAGGACUUGGGCCCUGGCUGGAAGGACAUGCUCUUGUCAUUUCAGGACAAACCCUUUGCAGCUGCCUCGAUUGGUCAGGUGCAUCUUGGAGUCCUGCCUGAUGGAAGAGAAGUGGCGAUGAAAAUACAGUAUCCAGGAGUAGCUGAGAGCAUCAGAAGUGACGUGAACAACCUGAUGUCUGUGUUGAAGAUGAGCGUUCCUCUUCCUGAGGGUUUGUUUGCAGACAGCAGCCUCGAGGUCCUUCACAGGGAGCUCGCCUGGGAGUGCGACUACAAACGAGAGGCCAAGUGUGCCAAACGCUUCAAGACGCUGAUGGAAGGAGACCCGAUAUUCAAAGUCCCUGAGGUGAUCGACGAGCUCACCACCAGCCGUGUGCUCACCAUGGAGCUCAUCAACGGAGUCCCGCUGGACAGCUGUGUGGAUUUGGAUCAGGAGACCAGGAAUAAGAUUUGCUUCAGCAUCUUGAACUUGUGUCUCCGAGAACUUUUCGAGUUCCGCUUCAUGCAGACGGAUCCCAACUGGUCCAACUUCUUCUAUAACGCUGAGGAGGACAAGAUCUACCUGUUAGACUUUGGAGCUUGUCGAGAAUACCCCAAGUCCUUCACUGAUGACUACAUCGAGGUGGUGCACGCAGCCUCUGUUGGAGAUCGGGCCAAAGUUCUGCAGAAAUCCAAAGACUUGAAGUUCCUGACUGGCUACGAAACCAAGGCGUUCUCGGAUGCUCACGUGGAGGCCGUGAUGAUCCUGGGAGAAGCGUUCGCCUCUUCAGACGCCUUCGACUUCAGCACUCAGAGCACGACGCGUCGUAUCCACAAUCUGAUCCCGGUGAUGCUCCGUCACCGCCUCACUCCUCCUCCAGAAGAGACGUACUCACUCCACCGCAAGAUGGCUGGCUCCUUCCUCAUUUGCUCCAAGCUCCAGGCACGGAUUUCCUGCAGAGAAAUGUUCCUCAGCGUCUAUAAGGCUUACACACAGCGACGCCACGAGCAGGCGGGUGGAGAAUAGACUCGGUGGAGGAGCACUUCCUGUCUGGAGCAUUUUUAUCCUGCCCGGGGGUCAUAGCAAAUCCGGAGCCGAUCCUGGGAGCACUGGGUGUGAGAUGGGAAUACACCCUGCAUGGGACACGCUUCCAUCCAAUCCACAUACAAGCAUUUUGCGUUUGGGAGAAAACCGGAGAACCUCCGAGGAAACCAGAGACUCAGGACUGUGGAGCUGUGAGACUGCAGCUUCUGUCCACUCGUGGAUUUUGUGUUGGAGACAGCAAAGGUUUUAAGAUCAUAAAGUAUUUUAGUUGUGCAUUUCUACACUUUGUUUUUGGAAAAUGUCAAUUUUCAUGCCAAUAAAAAGGUCUGACCUCCA